UAGGCUGAUGUUUUGUGUUUUACUUUGGUUGUGGUUCAUUGUUGACUAGUUCACCUUCAUAAACGACUGGUCGUUUUUAAAUAAAAAAAUCAAUUGAAAAUACAAUAAUCAAACGAACGCUUUAAGUUUGAAAAUAUAACUACAUCACACUAUUCAGACUAAACUAAUCGCUUUGAUUAAUCGCUUUGAAACUAAUUAAAAAGUGAGUCAUUAAUUAAACAACCGCGUUUUGUAGUCAGAUUCAAGGCUGUUGCAAUAAAAAAUUCGUUUCAGUGUUAGAUAAUGUCUGACUUAGUUUAAAUAAUGGAGGAAAAUGAUCGAAGAAAUCAGAACAAGAACACUUUAUUGAAAAUUGUGAUACUCGGCGACGGUGGAGUCGGUAAAUCAUGUUUGAUGAGCAGAUUCAUUUCGAACCAUUUCGAUGAUCAUAGUUUCCACACUAUAGGUGUUGAAUUCAUGAAUAAAACCAUAGAAGUAAACGGAAAACAGUAUACACUCCAGGUAUGGGACACGGCCGGCCAAGAAAGGUUCAAGUCGCUCCGGACUCCAUUCUACAGAGGAUCAGAUGUAUGCAUACUGGCCUACGCUAUAGAUGACAGAAGCUCAUUCAAUAACAUCAAGAUGUGGUUAAACGAAUUCCUGCAUUACGCCGGCGUCAAGAACGGCAUUGAAAGAUAUCCUUUCAUGGUCGUUGGUAAUAAGUCGGACGUGCCGAGCAAGGACAGAGAGGUGACUCACGAUCAGCUGAAACAGUGGUGUGACGAUAACAAAAUAUCGACGUAUAUAGAGACUUCAGCUAAAAACGAUAAUAAUGUCGUCGAAGCAUUCUCAAUGGCGGUCCAGAGGUGGGUAGAUCUGGACCAAAGAGCCGAGAAAGAGCUGGGAAUGUUCCAGCAUCCUGAUGCGGUGACGCUGCACGGCAACGGAACCGUGUCCGGUUUCCGGGCGACGUGUUGUUCCCGGAUCACUGACGUAUGAUCGUGUUGACAGCUGUCACCUGUCAGAAGUGUCGUUCGGGAACAUAGGCUUAGAUGACAUCAGUAAGCGAUUUGACAUUGACAUUGAAACUUACAACAGAGUAGAGUAUUUUUAGAAUUCCUUUAGUUAGUAAAACACAGUUUUCUUGUAUAACGUGCGCUUACUGUGGAAAAAGAAAAAAAAAGCACAAAAGCUCCGGUGUUUUACCGUAAAGCUUGAAACGUCGUGACAUCUCAUACCUCAUUCACCGAUUUGUAUUAGUCGAAAGAAAUGCGAUCUAUCAUUCCUAAAUUUACCAUAGAAACCAAUGAUUUCCAACUUUAAUGGCUAAAGUAGUAAAUUAAUUUAAAAAAUACAUUAAUAAUUGUUGUUAUAAUACAAUAUGUAAAAAUGAUUCAGACAUUAUCUUUUUGGAGUUCUAUAGAUCCGGAAUUCCCCUCCGGUAUUUCCCCGGCCCAGUGAGACAAAAUACAGAGUGAUUCUGUUAUGUCCUGCCUUCGUGGCCGAUAAAGAACCUCAAAAUGUACGAAUCGAAGGGAAACUAAUUUUUAAACAUUCCAUGAAACGUAAAUUUGUCAGACUGCAUAAUAAUAAUAAUAACAAAAAACAAAAAUAUAUGCACUAGUAUUGUUUUGUUUUGCAAAUAAACAAAAUCGAAUGAACAAAUUAUUAUCGAGUAUUUCAGCAUUUUAAGGACGCCGCGUUCUAAAUAAAUGUUAAUUUCGUAAUAACAUUGUUAAAUAGAUAAAAAAAAACAAAAACGAAUCUCACACGUUCAACAAUGAUACUUCGUAUUUAUAUUAUGCUUUUAUUUGCUCGGAGUUUUAAAAUUGUACUGUGUUUAUUUUUGUUGAAUAAAAAUUGUUCCAAUUAAUAAUAUUACGAACAAAUUUAAGAUUGGAAAUUAAAAAAAAAAAACGAAAUCAAAGAAUGAUUGGUUGUGAAAGUGUUUUUUGUUAGUGAUUUUUUUUUUAAUAGUAUUAUCUUCGGUUUACGCGUCUCGUAUAUAAUAUGAUUUUCUUUUUUUAAACAUAUAUUUUUUUAAAAGCUAUAUCGUUUAAUAUUAUGAUAUUGUAAUGGACGAGUGAUUUUUUUUCAAAUUAUUUGACAGCUAUGUUUUUUCUGUCUCCCAACGUGUUACCAUUUCGAUCGCGAUAUUAAAAAUAUCGUGUUGAGUUAUUUUCGAAGAUGAGGUUAUAUUAAGUGACGUAUGAUUGUGGAAUUUUAAAUUUUUCAAUAUUAAAAUCGAUCGUAUGGCUUAAUCCGUAAACGGUAUCUAAUACCAUAAAUCCUUUUUUUUAAAGUCAAUUUUAAAGUCGUCGUGGCCUAAGCGAUAAGACGUCCGGUACAUUCGUGUUGAGCGAUGCACCGGUGUUCGAAUCUC